CACAGUCAGGUUCAUUUCCCCUUACACUGCAUCACAUCAGCUAUGCCUUCGAGUAUCUUGUCCAGUCUCGUGUGUGUUUUGUGUGUGGUCGUGGUCCCGGCUGUAUGGGCUGAUCACUGCCACAGUUACUGGGACACGAACGGUGUCUUCCAUGAUACUCAGGAAUGUGAAAAGUACUGCUGUGGCGACUGCAGGACAAAAUACUGCUGCAGUGACAUAAAGUACAGCUUAACUGAGAAAAAACAGGAACUCUGUUUCAGAAGGUCUGCUCGAGUGAAAAGAAGCAGUCAUGUAGUGUAUGUAGGAAUAGGGGUUCCUGUUCCUAUUCUCGCAUGCACGGGUCUCAUAAUCUGCUGUGUGACUGGUUGCUGCUCCUGCUGCAGGACAUCCAAAAAGAAAAAUCCCAGUCGAGAAAUGAUCACUGUGGUAAAUUCCACCACUGUAGUUAACACGGUCUAUCAGCCUGUACCAGCAGCCACACCCAUGCCCACAACUCCACCACCCUCCUACCAGGAAAGUGUUCCAUUCACACAAUCACAGCCAAUGCACUUCUUUCAACGGGUCAGCCAGCCUUCUGCAGCAGCAGUACAUUCAGAUAAGCCAGAGGAGUUUGAGCUGGAGGAGCUUGAACCUUGUCAUAGGCCAAAAUCUGUAAAAAAGGCUAAGAUCAAAAAGAACUCAUCUAUAUACGUCUAAAAAGGGACUUCAUGUUCAUGCCUAAGAUACACAAUAACACAGAGUUCAGAAAUAUUUACGGGUGACUGUGCUAAUGCUAAGAGGGUAGAGUUCGUAAGAGAGUAUAAUACCUCACCAUGAGCAGAUAAUCAUUGUGAACAAAUUAACAGCUGCUUACAAAGUCAUGUCCUCUUUGCAUGUAUUGCUAUUUAUCCGGGGAAGCAAUGUUGAAGUGGUGACUGGUAGAUGUACAGUCUGAGGUCUUUUGAUUAGUUUUAUUUAGUUUUGUUUUAGUUUAAAUGGGUUUUUAUGAUUUACUGUGAAAGAUAUAAUAAAAAAAACAACUUCUGUAUAUUAUAUUGUGAUGUGUUGUGAUUGAGCUACAUGUUUUUCUCUGUCCAGAUGCUUUAAUAAAUAUUCCAUUUACAAUGUAAA